AUGAAGUCGUUGAGACAACGUGAUUCAAAAGGGCGUUUCACUCCGAGUGCCAAGAAAGCCGUCACUGCUCUUCGUCCAUCCAGCCGUCGUGUCUCUCGUGCAUCUUCGCAACGCUCGUUGUCACUUCGCACUGCCAGAUCCGUGAGCGCCAGUUCCCAACGCUCUGAAUCUCGUCGUUCUGUGAUGAGAAGUGGAACAGGCCGUUCUUCAGCCACCAAUCGUUCGUCGUCACGUGGAUCUGUCUAUGGUCGUACUGGACGUUCCCACUCUUCUCGUCGCUCUUCUCGUUCUUCUCGUUCGCGCUCUCGUUCGCGCUCUCGUUCUAGAUCUCGCUCUUCUUCAAGUUCUCGUUCCAAUUCGGGAUCUCGUCGCUCGAGAAAAUCUGUGAAGAAUCAGAAGAGUCAGAAGAAAGUGGUCGCCAAGAAACGUGGCCGCCCGGUGGAGCAUAGCAGCAGAAGCCGUAGCAGAAGCGCCGGACCAUCGUCGAUGAAGAUUCAGAAGAAGAAGAGUGCAACUCCUCGCAGAAGAGCAUAG